GGCCGAAAUGUACCGUGUCCUGACGGAGAGAUCGCUGCUGACCGGCCUCUCGGACAUGUGGUGGUCAAGCCGAAUACAGGACGGUCUCAUUCCUUGUGUGGUACUGGGAUAUAUGGCAUUCGCGCUUGUACUGAUGGUACUGCUUCCGGGGAAGAGGUUGGAGGGGCCAGAAACUUUGAAAGGAAAUAUCCCCGUGUAUAAAAACAACGGCUUCCUUUGCUAUAUUGUCACAAUGGCGGCGUUUGUUGUGUUCACGGUCGUGUUGAAAGGUCAAGGACUUACACCCACAGUCGUGUACGACCGAUUUGACGAAGUAAUGCUGUUCUUGAACGCAUUUAGUGUGGUUUUCUGUCUCUUUCUCUACAUCAAGGGUCGCUACUGGCCGUCGUCUAGCGACAGUGGCUAUACGGGUAACUUUAUUUUCGACUACUACUGCGGGGUCGAACUCUAUCCUAGAGUAUUCGGUGUCGACAUCAAAGUCUUCACAAACUGUCGAUUCGGGUUGACAGUGUGGCCAAUACUUGUAGUCCUCUACAACCUCAAGAGUUACGAGCUGCACGGGUUCGUGAAUAGCAUCUUCAUUUCCUCCGUUCUUCAAUUGGUGUACAUCACAAAGUUCUUCUGGUGGGAGGGAGGCUACAUGCACACCCUUGACAUUAUUUUGGAUCGUGCUGGAUUUUAUAUAUGUUGGGGUUGUUUGGUUCUAGUUCCCUCUUUGUACGCAUCCGUAAGUAUGUAUAUGGUGAAAAAUCCGGUCCAUCUUGAACCAAUCACCGCCGUCUUCUUACUAGGCUGUGGUUUGGCCUGUAUAUUGAUAAAUUAUUGGGCCGAUUUGCAGAAGCUGACUACAAGGAAAACACACGGAAACUGUCUUAUAUGGGGGCGUAAACCAAACAUAAUAAAGGCCAAAUAUAUACUUCACAGCGGCGAAGAAAAGGAAAGCCUGCUUCUUGUGUCGGGAUGGUGGAAAGUUGCCCGCCAUUUUAACUACCUUGCUGAACUAUUACUGGCGUUCUUUUGGACUGCGCCUUGCAUGACCUUGAACUUUGCGCCAUAUGCGUACUUGACCUUCCUCACGAUACUUCUCGUGCACCGUAGUUUUCGAGAUGAGCGGAAGUGCAGCAGUAAAUACGGCCAAUACUGGAAGGAGUACUGCCGAGAGGUUCCGUGUAGAAUUGUGCCAUAUCUAAUAUGACCGAUAACAACAACAAGAUUCGUACAAGACAAUGGAGACGAAACCAUGUUGUUCUGUGUCAUACGUUUGCACUAUAGAACAAACUGUUAUCAUCGUAAACAUUGACACGCGUAUAACCAACACGACCAGGUGUCUGUUUUAUUGUACAGGCCCAUUACAGUAUAUAUUCACCUGAAUCAUACGUUCGGUCCGGAAUGAUUGUUGAAGGAAUCCUGUUUGACUUUUAUGUACAUUUCGUGGUGACUAACGGAAUGCUUUUUGUAUUAUCGUUUCUAAAUCUGACUUUGGAUUCCGUGGUUAUUGACGGAAUCCUGUCGAUUCUGUGGUUAUUAAUAUAAUGGACGUACUUGUAAAUUCCGUGAUAACUGACGAAAUAAGUUUAUGUUUCUGUGUGGCUAUUGAUAAACAUAUGUAAUUUCUUUAAAAUUCCUACCCUGAACUUGUUCGAACGUGUUACAAUGAAGCUUUGCAUGAGUAUUGGUGGACCUGCGUUAAUUAGAAGAAGCUAUUACGCAGCUUCCGAUCCAAGACGGCCGGCGAGGCCUUUAAUCGGUAGAACAGAUGUGCAAUUCCGCUGAUUUGGUACUUUGGUGUGUUAUGGCACUGCGAGCAGUACAGUAACGCUCGUUUGCAUAAUUUGUAACGUUUCGAUCAGAACUUGUUGAUAUGAUACUCUAGUAGUUAUAAUAGAUUCCGUGGUUAUCGGCG